UUCAUUCUCCCUCRCACACUCUCUCGCAGUYCGUUUGGCACCGGAAGAACGUUUCRUGGUAUAGUCUCGCCAAACAAAUUACUGARAGAAGUGAAUAAGCUCUGUUAUGUCAAAUGAAAACAAUGURCACUACAGMAAAAWAGUAGAKACGACGCGAGAAGCAGAAACUGUGGACGAAAUGCCUCAAGUUCGUUGUCCUUGUGGUCAAAACUUUCGGGCAUAUGCCACCGUUUUUGUGCUGGUUACCAUCAACCUUCUUAACUACAUGGACCGAUUUACAAUUGCCGGUGUUUUGAUAAAGAUACAAAAGUACUUCAACAAAGAGAACGACAACUCUAUAACAGGGCUUCUUCAAACGUCUUUUAUCUGUAGCUACAUGAUAGUUGCACCAAUCUUUGGCUAUCUUGGAGAUCGAUUGAAGAGAAAGUAUCUAAUGGCAGGAGGUGUACUUGUUUGGUCAGCUGUGGUAUUUUCAAGCACUUUGUUAAGCAAAGAUCAUUUCUGGUGGUUUCUGGUGUUACGAGGUGUUGUUGGUAUUGGUGAAGCAAGCUAUUCAACGAUUGCACCAACUGUGAUAGCAGACUUAUUCACUGGCGACAAGAGAACUAGGAUGCUGUCCAUUUUCUACUUUGCAAUUCCUGUUGGAAGUGGACUUGGCUAUGUUGUUGGUUCUGAAGUGGCUAAAGUACUUGGGUCAUGGCAAGCUGGCCUAAGGGUCACACCAGUGCUUGGUGUUGUCUGUGUUAUACUGCUACUGUUUGUUGUUCAUGAGCCUCCCAGAGGAGCCAUUGAGAGAGGUGUUAAUCCUAAUAUCAUCUCAGCUUCAAAUGURCAUCAUGGCAGCAGCUACUGUCAGGAUUUGAUGUAUUUGUUUAAAGUGAAAAGUUUUAUUUGGCUUGAUAUAGGGUUUACAUGUGUAACAUUUGUAACUGGUGCAUUGGCUUUCUGGGCACCAAAAUUUAUGUAUUUUGCCUCCAAAGUCCAAGGAGUCAACAGCUCAGAAAAUGCUGUAAGCUUAAAGUUUGGCAUCAUAACAUGUGUGGCAGGUAUCGUUGGAGUAUGGUUAGGGGCUGAAUCAGCGCGUCGUUGGAGAGUAACAAGAAAAAAUGCAGAUCCCCUUGUGUGUGCUAUUGGACUAAUAUCGUGUACACCAUUUUUAUAUGUUUCUCUUCUACUUGCUUCUUCCCACAUCAAUAUAGCAUAUGCUUGUGUUUUUUUGGGUGAAGUUCUUCUUUGUAUGAAUUGGGCACCUGUGGGAGACAUGCUGCUGUAUAUAAUAAUCCCUCCACGACGAUCAAGUGCAGAAGCRGUUCAAAUCUUGAUGUCUCAUUUAUUUGGGGACGCAGGCAGUCCUUGGCUUAUUGGAUUUAUUGCAGAYACAAUCAGAGGAGAUAAGACAUCUCCUGAAGCUCGUGUCAAAGCUUUUGAAUAUUCUUUCUUCAUAACAACAUUUAUUUGUGUGCUGGGUGGGCUGUGCUUCAUAAUCUGUUCAUUUUAUAUUGAAAGAGAUCGAGAUGAAGCUGAUGCAUUUAACCAGACUGAUGAUACAAGCUCACUUUUAAACUCGGUUCCUGGUGGUCAUCAUGAUGAUGAGGAUGAUGAUGAUGACAUGAUAAUAGCAAACAAUGAAUCAGGAAGUGAAUCUCCCCUGGCUGUACCAGUAACAGUACCUGCAGAUGAAAUAGAGGUUCAUCAUGACCAAAAUGCACCUGUAGCCUAAUACAUACCAAAAUGACUGAUUAUACAAAAAACAAWUUAUGAUAUACAAUGAUUAAGGAUGUCGUAUUCCUGUAAAUAAGUAAUGAGUAUUUAUACUGAUCCAUAGAAUAACAACGACAAGUGAUAAUUGAUACUUGGCCUGGUCAAGUCCAGUGUUAGCCAACUCCAGACAACUUUGUUGGACUCUGUACUAUUGAGCUUUGMAAAGUAGUCGUUUCACAGAUUUAUGACGCUUAUUUUCUCAUCAUUUUUCAAAUUCUUUUUUGUUAUAAUAAAACUGAAAAAUAAACAGAAUACGCAGAAAUAG